AUCUGUUGAAUACAUUUCUGAGUUCUGAGGAUGUAGUUGGCAUUACUGCAGCAGUCUUCCACUUCGCCAAUUUCUCCUUAUACUGAAGACACUACAGCAUUCAAGAAUGGAAGAAAUUCCGCCUAAAGACAGCGAGGCAUCAAGCAAAGGGAGCACAGCACAACGGUCAUUUCAGACUUAUGUUGUACUGGAGCUCAAUUAUGAGGCACCACCAGCUACUGUAGAAUGGUUGUUGUCACAUAUACAGUCCCCCAAGUCCAGAGGUGGAGCACAGUUAGAGGCCAUCACAGUACUGAACCAUAAAGGCCAGGAUAACAUACCAGUUAUUGGGAGCCUGAUGGGGAAAAAUGAUGGGCCUUCUAAGCCAGAGAAGAUUGUUCACUUGAGUAUCGAUACAGAACGCAUGCUUCUAUUAGCAGAACUCAUGGAGAUUCGCAAAGUUUACGCAGAUGGAACUUUACGAGAGUUCCUCCGUGAGGAUAGGGAUAAUUUCAAAGAUUCUGAUGGAACUGCUAGUGCCCCCUAUGAUGACCCUGAUACUUUCCUUACCACAAGUGAAAAGCAGAGAAUCAUCCUCCAUGAGCUGGAAUCGGUCCACUCAACUGACCCAGAGCCUAAAAUUCCUGGCUGUCCCAAACUCACACUCUAUCCUUACGAGUCCAUUGUGCGACGUUUGAUAGAAGAAGGGGUCAUCUCAAAGUUAUACCCUCUCCACGAACCUAAGAUUCUUGAGCAACUUGGUCAAAAAUGGUAUGCUAAGGCAGGAUAUCAACCAAUCAGUGAGAUUCAGCAAUAUUUUGGAGAGACUAUUGCAAUGUACUUUGCAUUUCUGGGCCAUUACACCAUGGGAUUGAUACCUCCUGCUCUCAUAGGUCUAAUCUACUGGUUCACAGCAUGGGAAGAUAUCAACAAGAACGUCUUCUUCGCCAUAUUUAACCUAAUAUGGACAACUGUAUUCCUGGAAACCUGGAAACGUACAAGCGUACAGCUCUCUUAUCAAUGGGGUACAUUGAACACGACCCAGCAUGAGCGGCCAAGGGCUUCUUACUACGGUGACCUUAGUGUGAAUCCAGUCACAGGAUAUAGGGAGCCACAUUACCCGAAAUGGAAGAGACAGCUGAAAUUUUAUUUUGUGUCAUUACCAAUAAUAUUUCUGUGUUUGGUGUUCGCGUUUUGUGUGAUGGUGCUAUAUUUCUGGUGUCAAGAGUGGGUUGAAGGAUAUGACAAGGCAGAGGGUACCUGGGGCAGUAUGGGAGUGUUGUACCUCCCUUGUGUGGUAUAUGGUGUUGUGAUUGGUGUGAUGAAUGCUGGGUACAGGAAGCUUGCUGUAACUCUAAAUAAUUGGGAGAACCACAGACUGCAAUCUGCUUAUGACAACCAUUUGAUAUUUAAACUUGUUCUGCAUGACUUUGUGAACUGUUUCGUCAGUUUAUUCUGGGUGGCGUUUUACAUGCAAGACUUGAGCAGAUUAAAAUAUUUGUUGACAUCGCUUCUCAUAACUCAACAGCUGAUUGGCCAGAUUCUAGAGGCUGCUGUGCCAUUUUAUUUCUAUCGUCAAAGAGCCAAGGGGGUGGUGAAACUACAAGAGGGGGGUCAGGAGAAGAAACAGGAAGGGGGACUAGAGCUAGUCAAAGAUGGGGAGACAACUGAGUCCACCCAGGAUACACAUAAGCAUAUAUCUGAGAGCACAAAGAGACAGGCUGAGCUGGAGAGUGUUAUGGAGCCAUUUAAUAGUGUACUUGAUGAUUAUCUUGAGAUGUUCCUGCAGUUUGGUUAUGUUUUCCUCUUUUCCUCUGUCUUCCCGCUGGCUGCAUUCUGGGCACUUCUCAAUAAUGUCACAGAGGUGCGCACAGACGCCUUCAAGCUUUGUCGCAUCUUCCAGCGCCCCACAGCCCAGCCAACUGACAGCAUUGGUGCCUGGCAGGUUGCAUUUGAGUUGAUGGGUGUAAUAUCAGUUAUCACGAACACUGCCCUGAUAGGCAUGUCCCCGACAGUACAGGCUUCUCUAGGACACUUGGGGCCUGUUAACAUGCUGCUCCUCUUUGUCAUAGUAGAGCAUAUGGUACUUGGGAUCAAGGUUGCUAUAUCAUAUUUGAUUCCUGAUACACCAGAUUGGGUAGAUGUUGCACUGGCGCGUGCUGACUACCAGACUAAGCAGGUCUGGCGUAAACAGAAACUUCAAGAAAUCCACAGUUCAAGAUUAAAGCAAGAAAAGGAAUCUCCUGAACUCACCAACCUGAGACAAAGAAAGCCACUCAUUACAGAUCUUUAAUACAUUGGAAUAUGUACAAGUAUAUCACAGAUUUCUGACUUUUGUGACCAUCAUAACUUAUUAUGUUGUCAUAAGUCAUUGUUUUUUCAAAAGAUGAAAUGUUUUUUAAACCUGUAAGAGUUAUGAUGUAUGAAAAAAGACCUCUGUAAAAUUAUAGAUAUUCUAUCAAAAGUUCAUUUAUCACUAUCACACAUUUUUGAAAUGAAUUUUACUGUUAAAUAUUUUGUCCUACAUCCAUAGAACCCUGUCUGUUACUGUUGAAGAAAU